GAACUGUACCUUACCAAAGCAUGGACUUGGUAACCGUCGCUGAGAGUAGACUUAGCGCCUCUCGCUGUGUACACAGUCACUUCGUAUUCGUACGCACAUUUUGUCAACUGACUCAGUUGCAAUACUUUCUCCUGGACAGCUUUUCCUUGCAAACUGGCUACGUGAAGAACAAGCAUGCAAACAAGGAAAUAUUUACUGCACAUUAUGGCGAUUGUUCUGCUUGUUUGAAAUAACUUCCAAAGUUAAGCCAUCUUUCUGCUUGUCUUGAUAGGUCUAAAAUGCAAGGACGUUUGCAACCUUUGGAUUAUGGUCUAGCAAAAUAAUUUAAAUUACUUCCGUUCUUAGAAAUAGACGCUCAGGAAUCCGACGUUUUGUUCAAGCAGGUUCGUCGAUAAAGUUUUUUUUUUCACCUCGAUAGAACAAAGGAAACAAAGAGAAACAAGAGAUGUCAAUUCAAUCGAGCAGUUAGACCAUUGACAUUGAUUAAGUAUACAGAUCUCUUUCCGCCUGAUAUUUUCUAUGUAAGCUUGGACUGAGUGACUGAUUUCCUUUCACGAUUAUUUCAGCGCAAACUAUUAGAAGCAGGGAAUUCUAAAAUUCAACCACGAGUUCCAAAGUUUUGCCAAUGGUCGACUAGAAGUAACUUCCAUUCUAGCUUACGGAAGAGGCUCUUAAGCGGAGCAAUUGCUCAAACGGGUUUAUGGUUCGGACACACGCAGAGGUUUCAUUCACGUUGUCAGCAAGAGGGCAACUGGUUUUCAAAAGUGGGCAAAACUAUUUGAACUUAACUUCUUUAUAAGAAAACCUUUCUGCUAGAUGGUCAACUGAACCAGGUGAACAAAAUCGUUCUCACAGCCGGUCAAUUUCCGGUGCCCGGCCCUUAACCCUUUCAUGCUUGAUUUUGCUCCAAAAAAGCCGUAUUUCUUACCUUCAAAUGGUUUUUGGACAUCCAAUGUUACUAAAUUGCACUAACAUAGGGCCAUUGGCGGUGUUUUAACAAGAUUUUCAGCUGUAUGAUGAGAUUAUAGCAGGGUUUCCAACGUUUGCAAUAUCAAUUACUUACGCUCUCAGAAAGCCAUGCACACGAUUAUUACGUUUUGCUUAAGCAAGUUCGUCGAUCAAGUUAUUUUUGUCCUCAAUAGAACAAAGGAAACAAAGCCACACGGAAGAUACUAAUGAAAUCGAACAGCUAGAUUGGUUAAGUAUACAGUAAAGAUCUGUCAGUACAGUACUCAACGGUAUUGACUUGUCUUCUUUCACGAUGGUUUCAUCGCAAACUAAAUUCUUGCCAGGGUAAAAUGCAACGACGAGUUCCAAAGUUCUGUCAAAGGCUGACUCGAAGUGACUUCCGUUUUAGCUUUACGCAUCACUGUUCAAUUUGUCCUAGUUCAUGACUCCAUUCACUCUUGCGCCUGGGCUUUUGUUGUUUACUUGCCGCUAACUUGACUUGAAGUCACUUGCGUUUUAGCAUUACGCAUUUAUUUCAUUUAAGGUCCUCAAGGGGAGCAAUUGAUCACUGUCCAAGUUUUCCUAUUUCAUGACUCUAUUAACACACGGUGUUUAGCUUGUUAUUUACUCAAAGGUAAAGAUGCCAAAAUUUAUUGUUAGCCCACUGAGGAAUUGGUUCUUAUUCCUGGGCAAAAUAAGCGGCUCAAAUGAUAAAACAAAAGCCAGAGGAAGUAGACAACUGAACAAUGAUUAUUUUAUGUUAUUCCCACAUGCCAACCAUUAAAAGUCAAAGAAAGGAACUCUGACCGGCGUAUUUAUCAAGAUUAUAUCAAAACAUCACUGCAUUGUUUUUGUGUUUCUCUUUCAAACUUUGCAUACCACAAACCUGACGAGAGAGAAGAGUGAGGAAGUUGUUCGCUUUGACGAGUAUAAAGGCCAGUGAAUAUAUGGUUCAUUGGCCACGUUUUUGAAAACACGACUUCAGUCGUAGAAAGACUGAAAUAGACUUGAAGUAAACGUUAACACCGGGCAGAAACAAAAUCCCAAAAAAGCAACAUGAAAAGGGCUUUAAUAGCAAUUUGCCUCCUUCUUUUAAUGACUGAAACAAAUUCGGUUUUCUGGAGCAGACGAAGACGGCGAAGGAGGUCUCCACCUCCUUGCAGCGCUGUUAACUGUCAAGUGGGAAGUUGGUCAAGUUGGAGUUCUUGUUCACAUCAGUGCGGUACUAGCGGCGAACAGACACGAACGCGACAACAGGUACAGGCCGCGUCUUGUGGAGGCACUUGUCCUUAUAGCUUGAGUGAAACGCAAGCGUGUAACAGAGAUAGUUGUCAAAACGGUGGCACGCCGUACAGUGGCGGAUGUAGCUGUAGAGCGGGAUACGGUGGGACGUGUUGUGACCAAGGUGAGUCUAAACUCAGAAGACCUAUUCCAGCUUGCAGCUUGCAGACAAACCCCCAGAGUGAGGAAUUACGUUACUACUGUCCAACAAUACCUUUUUGCUUUAACAUUCGAUUUCGAAAUCACUUUACUCACUCUGGAAAAACAAUGUGGACGACCAAGUUUUUAGCUGUUACGUUACUGCUGCUAGCUUUAGCGCGGAACACCGAACCUUGGCGGCGGAGAAGACGAAGGCGCGCUCCACCACCGUGCCCCACGCGAAAUUGUCAAGUCGGCUCAUGGUCAUCUUGGGGCGCCUGCAGCCGUCAGUGUGGCACAAGCGGAACGCAGAGUAGAUGGAGAUCAAAAACUGUGGUGGAAACUUGCGGGGGAACAUGCCAUUACCCACUGAACCAGAAUCGCGCUUGCAAUAGAGACGCAUGUAAGAAUUCAGGUACCCCUCAUAGUAGUGGAUGCUCUUGUCGGCCGGGAUACCGGGGAACCUGUUGUGAAAGUGAUGUGAACGAGUGUCAGAACAACCCAUGCCAACACACGUGUACGAACACGUUCGGUAGUUUCACAUGCAGCUGUUAUUCCUGCUACACCAAAGUCGGAUACAACUGUGACCUGAGGCAGUGUAAAAUCAGCAAUCGGUGUUACUCAUAUGGUACAGUGAAUCCCAGCAAUCAGUGUCAGGAUUGUAACAGCACCAGCAAGCUAGCCUGGAGAAACAACAACGCUUUGUCGUGCAGUGAUAAUAAGGCGUGCACUAAAAAUGACCGGUGUUCAAAUGGUGUCUGUUCUGGAACGCCAUUCACGUGCCUUCCGUGUGAAGAGUGUUACAAUGACGCAUGCCGCGUGAAACCAGGAUACUGUGUGAUCAACGAUGGUGGAACACGAAAAUGUUUUAACCAUGGAGACAUCCGACCCGGAUAUCCUUGCCAGCAAUGUGACAGCAACCGCAACAAUCAGUGGAGCUACAACAACAAUCUCCAGUGCAGUGACAACAACUUGAAGACCAAAAAUGAUCGGUGCUCCAGGUGUGGCAAAUCGGCAUGCAUCACGUACCAAUGA